AUGUAUCACAAGUCUCUUUUCCCUGACCUACCAAAGGUCCCAGAAUCUAACGUUCACCACCUGCUUUUGAACCGGCCUGACCAGCGGGAGUGGUCAGACUACACAUUGUUCGUGAAUGUGGCUACUGGCCAACGGCGUUCGUUCAGGGAGUUUGUCGAGCGUGUUCGUGAUGGCGCUACUGCGCUGGGUGCUGAUGUAACCCAAGGUGGUCUAGGGCUUUGUCCAGAGAAUGGAGAUCUUGUAGGCAUUCUGAGCGAGAACUGCCCAGACUAUGUAGCCUUGGUGCAUUCCCUACUGGCUAUCACCGUCCCCUUUGCGCUCUUCUCAUCCUAUUCAACGUCACACGAGUUCAAACACGCCAAUUCGCUUGCGCAGGCGACUAGGAUCUUUGCCAGUCCUUCGUUACUUCCACUCGCUUUGACUUCAGGUCUCCCAGCAGAUCGGAUCCACCUUCUAGAGGGAGAGAAUAAAGGCUAUACAAGCUACGAUCAGCUCGUCUGCACUGCUCGAAAGAAUGGUAUCCCACGUUUACCAAUCCGUCAUGCCACCAAGAACACCCUGGCCUACCUGAUCUAUUCUAGUGGAACAAGCGGUCUUCCCAAAGCCGUCAUGAUAUCCCAUGGAAAUAUCGCUACUAUUACCCUCUCAACAAUGGUUAACGGUAUGGAAAUGGCUAAAGUUCAGACUCCAUCAGUAUGGAACACCCCUGAUGGGUUACAAGUAGUCUUCACUGUCCUUCCGCUCUAUCACUCUAUCGGCUUUUGCACGUCUUGUUUCUUCAACUUCUUCAAUCCCUCCACAACUGCCAUGCUCCCGAAAUGGGACAUCGAAACAUUCUUUGACAGCGUCCCGAAAUACAGAAUGACGACCCUGAUUCUCGUCCCCUCCCUUCUACACCAGCUCGUUCACCAUUCACGCUUCAAAACUACUGAUAUGAGCUCGGUUAAAUCAGUCGGAAGCGGUGCCGCGUACCUCCCGCCCCAGCUCGCCGCGCAGGUUUGCGCCCGUUUCCCAGACAUUCCAAGAGUUACCGAAGGUUAUGGCAUGUCGGAAUUUACAAUGGCCAUCUCGAUGAAGCCCAUCCCUGGCAUGCUCAAUGGGCGUGCGAAAAACAAGCCUGGCUCUGCCGGAAUUCUCGUCCCUGGCGUCGAAGCCCGUGUUGUCCGUCUAGACGGAUCCCUAGCAGGCCCGAACGAGCCUGGCGAGCUUCUUGUCCGCGGAGGCUCUAUGGCGCUGGGAUACAAAGGAAACGAGAAAGCCACUCGAGAAACGUUUGUCGACGGAUGGCUGCGCACGGGCGAUCAGAUUAGGAUCGAUGAGGAUGAGGAUACGCUCAAGAUCUCGGGCAUGCAAGUUUCUCCUGUCGAAAUCGAGGAUACGAUCCUGGCGCAGCCCGACAAUCUCAUUACUGAUGUGAGCGUCGCGGGCGUCUCGGGUGGGCGUACCUCGGACGAACGCAUCCCACGUGCAUGGAUUGUGCUGUCUCCUGCGGGUGCAGCGUUGGGUGAGAAAGAGGUUGUGACACGACUCAAUGCGUGGGUGCAGGAGCGCCUGAGUAGGUAUAAGUGGUUGAGAGGGGGCAUUGGGAUUGUGGAGACGAUUCCGAAGUCGCCAACUGGAAAGGUGUUAAGACGGGUGUUGGUUGAGGGGUAUGAGAGAGAUGCGAAAGCGAAUGCCAAACUGUGA